UGUCUAUCAGAAAGCAUAGAAUUAAUUGUCAGGACCAAAUUCAAUCAGGAAGAAGAACGUUUUUAACUUUUAACGACAUCACGACGGAUCUUUCAUUUCGAAACUUAAUAUAAUUCGAAUCCCUCACUUUCUCUGAACUACUGGCCAAAUAAUCAAUUUAAUAGUUUCCACAAGUUCUCUGUACUUUACCAUCUUUUCUCGGAAGCCUCCAGUUUAAGUCGCGAAAUACUUGGGGACGCACACCAAUUCUGUUUGCACAUAGCUACCAGUCCUUUUCGUGCCUGACGGUAUAACCUAUUGUAAUCGUUAUUUUCUUGCGCCGCAUGAAGUGAUACUCGCAAAAGGCUUGCGCCAAUGCGAAUUCCGCUGCUGUUGCAGCCAUGGCUUCUAAUAACAUAGACUUCCUCGUUCAGAGGUUGGGCUCUGCAGAUACUGGUAUGCCUUUCAAUCGCGUGACUCUAUCUUGAUGCCAAAUACUUGUCAUAACAUGGUUCAAAAACUUUAUGCUAACUCGAAUGCGACAGAUCUCAAACUCAAGGUAGAUGCUGCCGUUCAGUUGCGCGAUGGCCUCGAUCAUUACAUCACCGGCCCCAUGUACUCAACAUUUCUAAGAAAGCUCAUACCAAUUUUUAUAAAUUGCUUGAAGGGACCUCCUGUAUUCAUUAGCACUUCUUUGGAUCAGGUAGGCAAUGAAUUAACGAGAUGGGUGGCAGAAUGCUUACAUGGGAAUUAGAAACUUCGAUGUUGCGUCCUGGAGAUACUUCAUCGUCUACCAAUGAACCCCCCAGAGACAUUCGAGCCUUAUGCGGUCGAGGUGGUGGAUCUCUUGAUAAGUUUAGUCAGGAUAGAUAAUGAGGAGAAUGCUACGCUAUGUGUGAAGACAAUCAUGGAUCUUAUGCGGAGUCAGACCAAGGUUCUGCAAGACAAAGUACAGCCGUUCCUCGGCCUCAUCCAAGAACUGUUCGAUCAGAUGGACUCGGUUGUCCGUGAUCAACUAGAUAACUCUGCCACUGGGCCUAACCAGACUGGUGUCCCUUCUACACCUGGAAGUUCGCAGACAUUUCAGAAUUCUCCUCGGCCUGGCUCGCCCAUUGCCUCUGUUACAGAUAUUGGCCAAGAUCCACAACAGCAGACACGGAAGCUACUGAAGGGUAUGCAAUCGUUUAAAGUCCUUGCUGAAUGUCCCAUUAUUGUGGUAUCGAUAUUCCAGGUCUAUCGCAAUUCCGUGCCUCAAAAUGUCAAAUUAUUUAUACCUCUGAUCAAAAGCGUACUUUUACUCCAAGCUAAACCGCAGGAGCAAGCGCAUGCGGAAGCAGCGAAAAGAGGUACAAUAUUCACAGGUGUCAGUCCGGAUAUUAAGAAUCGAGCGGCCUUUGGUGAAUUUAUUACAGCGCAGGUAAAGACUAUGAGUUUUCUAGCUUAUCUGUUGAGAGUCUACUCGCAACAGCUUACGGAUUUCCUUCCUACCCUACCGGACAUAGUUGUAAGGCUGUUGAAGGACUGCCCCAGAGAAAAAUCGGGAGCUCGAAAAGAGCUACUGGUGGCGAUCAGACAUAUAAUUAACUUCAACUUUAGAAAGAUAUUCCUCAGAGUGAUAGACCAACUUCUUGAUGAAAGAACACUUAUUGGAGAUGGGUUGACUGUGUAUGAAGGCAUGCGACCUCUGGCUUACAGCAUGUUAGCUGAUCUGAUUCAUCAUGUCCGAGAUGCUUUGGAACCUGGUCAGAUUCGGAAAACCGUUGAGGUAUACACCAGGAAUCUCCAAGAUAGUUUUCCCGGCACGAGCUUUCAAACGAUGAGCGCAAAGCUGUUACUCAAUAUGGCCGAAUGUAUUGCGAAAAUGCCUAGCAAGACAGAUGCUCGUCACUACUUGAUAAUGAUACUUAAUGCUAUUGGAGAUAAGUUCGCAGCAAUGAAUCGCCAGUAUUCCAAUGCAGUCAAGCUCUCGAAGCAUUAUUCCCAGCAGUCCAUCGAUGCUGCACCCGAGAAUUACCUAGCAGAUAAGGACAACCCGCCGGAUUGGGACGAGAUUGACAUCUUCUCAGCUAUGCCUAUCAAGACUUCGAAUCCUCGCGACAGGGGCGCAGAUCCAGUGGCUGACAACAAAUUCUUGUUCAAAAACCUCAUGAAUGGCCUGAAAAACACAUUUUACCAAUUGAAAGCCUGUAAUGGUGGUUCACCGAUUGAACUAUCAAAUGCUCCUCCGCACUGGGCAGAAGUGUCACAUGGUUUUUCUGCCGAAGAAGUUCAGGUUAUCAUAAAACUUUUCCGAGAAGGAGCCUACGUGUUUCGAUAUUACGAGAUAGAGAAACCCGCGACAGAAUCGCAAUACUCAUCGCCUGUUGAGUUUAUGGCAAAUCAUUAUAUGGUAUCCAGCAGCAAGGAGGAGAAGGAUCUUCUAGAAACUUUUGCCACAGUCUUCCACUGUAUAGACCCGGCCACCUUUCACGAAGUAUUUCAUGAAGAAAUCCCGAAGCUCUACGAAAUGAUCUUUGAGCAUACUGCUCUCCUCCAUGUCCCUCAAUUCUUCCUUGCUAGCGAGGCGACUUCGCCCAGCUUUGCCGGAAUGCUAUUGCGAUUCCUCAUGGAUCGAAUUGAUCAAGUUGGCACGGCCGAUGUCAAGAAGUCAUCCAUUCUUCUUCGAUUGUUCAAGUUAGCUUUUAUGGCUGUGACUCUUUUCUCGAACCAAAAUGAGCAAGUACUAUUGCCACACGUCGUUAACAUUGUGACAAAGUCGAUCGAACUUUCGACGACCGCCGAGGAACCUUUGAAUUACUUUUUACUACUGAGGUCACUGUUCAGAAGUAUUGGCGGAGGAAAGUUCGAACACCUUUACAAGCAAAUCCUCCCCCUUUUAGAGAUGCUAUUAGAAGUCCUCAACAAUCUACUUAUGGCCGCGCGCAAACCUGCAGAUCGAGACCUUUACGUAGAACUUUGUUUAACAGUGCCGGCACGAUUGAGUAACCUUCUUCCUCAUCUUAGCUAUUUGAUGCGACCUCUUGUAGUGGCUCUACGCGCAGGUUCUGAUCUCGUCGGUCAAGGAUUGCGAACGUUGGAAUUAUGCGUGGACAAUUUGACUGCAGACUACCUGGAUCCAAUAAUGGCACCGGUCAUUGAUGAACUGAUGACUGCUUUAUUUGACCAUCUUCGACCAAAUCCUUACAGUCAUUUCCAUGCACAUACUACCAUGCGUAUACUUGGAAAAUUGGGAGGCCGCAACAGAAGAUUUAUGACUGGUGCCCCCAAUCUCAAUUUCCAGCAGUUUGCGGAUGACAUAACGACCUUUGACUUGAAGUUGAUCGGCUCCAAGAAGGAGAGGCCUUUCCCGGUCGAGAUAGGAAUCGACCUUGCUAUUGGGAAGCUGAUGGAAGUUCCCAAAGGCGCCGCUGCCAAGAAAUCGGAUCCUUAUUACAAAAAGCAGGCUCUUGCCAUGGUAAAAUCCCAGCUCAAGUUACGAUUGGGUGCAGACAACCUUCCAGAGGACUUUCCUCGUCUCGUGAGGCUGCAGGCACAAGAUCUUCUCUCAAAGAAAGCAGAUGCAGAUUUAUCACUAUUCGAGGCACCUGUCAGGGACCGAUCUGAAGCCAAGAAGAUGCAACAAGAUACCAUGCUGAGGAAACUCCUGAAGGCUUGCAUCUUCGCGGUGUCCCUUCCUGAAUUUUCAUCAGAAGCUACUGCUCUACUGUCUAACGUCUGUAAACAUAUUACGAUCAUCGAAGUUGCUAGAUCAUUAGGAGAAAUGAAAGUGAGAAUGAAACCGUUCGACGUCAACGCAGGAGAAGGUCCUCCUUGCAUUGAUAGCAAGGUUCUGGGAGACGCUAUCGUCGAAUCUCUCGCUUCUGAUCUACCUGCUGUGCGUGAUGCCGCCAAGUUCGCCGCCCAAGAAGUUUAUGAUUCAACAGCGACCAUCUUUGGGUCCAAUCGUUUUAUUUACAGAUUGUCAUUUUUCGGCCACUUGAGUAGUGUCUUCUGUCACAGCUGUUACCAGGAAGAAUGGUUUACUAAAACUGGUGGUAGUCUGGGUAUUAACCUUAUGCUAACCCAAUUUGAUCUCAGUGAUAGCUGGAUGCUGGAAAAGCAGGUUGAGUACACUAAAGCCCUCAUGCAUGUUGUCAAAGACAUGCCGCCGGAUUUACCAGCAAAGACUCGAAUUGCUGCACAGGACACAUUGGAACUCCUCUUGAAGCGAUGCGCCGGCAAAUCCUCUAAAGCUGAUCUUCAACCUUCGUCACAACCCGGACAGCCUUCACGACCAUCUAAGCUACUUCAGCUGUGCAACCUUUUCAAUGCGGAGGUCUACCACAUGAAUGGUCAUGUCCGUGAGACCGCAAGGAAAUCUCUCGAGAUUAUUGCGAAAGAAAUUGACGUUGAAGUAUACGAGCUUCUUGCUCACCAGCAAGAUCGAAUUUUGGCUCCAAUAUACAAUAAACCUCUGAGGGCCUUGCCAUUUGCGACCCAAAUUGGAUAUAUCGACGCUGUCAAUUAUUAUAUGAGCCUGAAGAACGAUUUCCUUGCGUUUGACGACACCUUGAACAGGCUGCUCAUGGAGUGCCUAGCGUUGGCUGAUGCACCAGACGAAUCGCUGGCGCCAAAACCUACCGAGCAUCGAACGCAUGAGCACAUAGUCACUCUCAGAGUCUCCUGUAUAAAAACUUUGACAACUGCCAUGGGAUUCGACGAUUUUCAAAAAGGCCCUGCCAACCCCACCCGAACCAGGAUUGUCAGUGUGUUCUUCAAAUGCCUCUAUUCUAAUUCCAAGGCCACUAUUGAAGCGGCCAAUGAUGCAUUGAGAGUUGUCUUGUCUCAUUCAAACAAGCUUCCCAAAGACCUCCUUCAGAACGGCCUUCGACCAGUUUUGGCUAAUCUUCAAGACCCUAAACGUUUAACUACGCACGGCCUUGAUGGCUUGGCACGAUUGCUUCAGCUUCUGACCACAUACUUCAAGGUUGAGAUUGGUUCUCGCCUGCUGGAACACAUCAGAGUUCUUGCAGACCCAAACGCUUUCCAACGUAUAUCAUUCACCCUUGUCGAGCAAAAUGAGCAAAUGAAAAUCAUUGCAGCUGUAUUUAACAUUUUCCAUCUUCUGCCCCCUGCAGCCGAGCAAUUCAAGGAGAGGCUCAUAGAUGCUGUCUUAGAGUUGGAGGAAAAGCUUCGUAGGACACGGUAUAGUCCCUUCAGAGAUCCACUCUAUAAAUAUAUCAACAGGUAUCCUAAAGAAGUAUGGGCCAUGCUUCUCAGCAAGAUCGAGGACCAAAAGUAUGGGAGGUUCUUGGCUCAAGUUUUAAACCAUCCGGACAGUGCACCUUUACGUGCAGUCGUGGUGCGUAACAUAGAUUCUUUGAUAAAGAGCUGCGGAGAUAUGGGUGCAGAAAACCGAGAGACGCGAUAUGCUGCCGUCAUCAAUGCUAUCAAUGUCAUGCACUCCAUAUGCAGUUUCAAGGGCACCGAGCUUUGGAUGGAUAAAAAGGAGAACUUGAUGUGGUUUAGGCUUGUCGGCAAGAACCUCGAGCAGCACCUACGCACUAACACUCUUCCACAAAACCUUCGGCUGGCAGCAGAGCAAGCAGGACAGCAACUCAUGAUUAUCUUCACGAAAUUCCUGGAAUACAAUCCUCGUGAUCUGGAUUCAUUCUUCAAUCUAAUCGAGUCCAUAACAGCUGAAGAUUUCAAACCCAAUCAGCCAAUCUUCGAUUUCAUUUACAGGUUUAUAGUAUGCAGCGAAUCGAUCGAUUAUCGUAAAGCUAUUGUCCUCCGGUGUCUGGAAAUAUACGUCAGCAAGGUUGCGACGCAGAGAAACAAGGCUUUCCUCCUGCACAAUCUCGUAAAUCCAAUCAUAGCUAUGGAUAUUAUGCGCAACUUUCAGCAGCCACCAUCAGCCAAGAGCUCCCGACUUAUAGAUCGAACGAUUAUUGAAUCGAUACAUACCAAAGUUUGGAAGGUUGGUUUGCCAGAUCCCAGUGAUGACCUCACACAACCAGGAAUUGACCAUACGCGAAUGGAACUAUUGCAAUUGACAGCCAUGCUCGUCAAGUACAAUCAUUCUAUCCUUCAAGAAGCCAGAAAAGACAUCAUCAAGUUCGGUUGGGGCUACAUUAGACUCGAGGACGUGAUCAAUAAGCACGCUGCGUACGUCGUUAUUGGAUACUUUAUUGCACACUACGAAACCCCCGCCAAGAUCGUCCAGCAAGUUUACUUUUCGCUUCUGAAAACGAAUCAAAAUGAAGGGCGGGCUUUGGUUACUCAAGCUCUAGAAUUAAUAGCGCCUGUUCUACCCAAACGUUGCAAUGCUGUACCUGGAGAUCGCAAUCCCGUCUGGGCCGCUGCUCCACGUCGCAUACUUGCAGAGGAAGGUCAGAAUGUGCAACAGAUGACUAUCAUUUUCAACUUCCUCGUGAAACAUGCAGAUCUCUUUUACGAGUCCCGCGACAAGUUCAUUAAUCUCAUCAUCGGCUCCUUGCGCAAAAUCGCACCACCGCAAACAAACCCAUCUAACGAGAGCAAGAAGCUAGCCCUGCAUCUAAUGUCAUUGAUAUGGCAUUGGGAAGAGCGACGCGUCGAAGGGAAAGCAGCUUCUCUAGAGAGGCCUUUAUCUGAAUCCCCGAACACAAAGAAAAGAAAACUUGACAGUCUCAGUGAUGCUCAAACUUCGUCUCCGUCACCAUCCAGACCUGGACCCACUUUGGCAAAUGAUAAACCAGAGUACCAGAUACCCGCUGUAAUGCGUGCAAAGAUGAUUAAGUAUCUCGUUGAAUUCAUUGCCUCGCUCAAUGAACGAUAUCCCCUACCAUCUGCUCGGAGUCGAGAUACAACGACGUCUCAUGGACCAGCACAGCCACCACCUUCUGUCGAAGUUUGCAAGAAAUCUAUAUCUUUACUUUGGAAUCUUUUACAGCCUCAGUACUGGGGUGAUCUUGACAUCGACCUUUUCCCGAACGUUACAGAGCAAGUCCUAGCAAGCGACAAAGCAACGGCUGCUCUCUUGAGCGAGCGCCCCGAUAAGGACAAGCCGGACGAUAAAUUCAUCACAAACAUCAUCAAUACGCUGCAGAUCGUUCGGAUUGUUAUCAAUAUAAAGCCCACAAAAUGGAUUCUCGAAAAAGUGCCAGAACUUCAACACAUCCUAGAAAAGGCUCUGAAAUCCGACAACCCUGAAGUUCAAGAUUGCAUGCACGCUGGUGAUGAGAAAAUUGAUGACGGACGGAAAUUGAGCCCUUUGCUCAAACGCAUCUUAGAGGCAGUCCCUGAUGAUACUCCAAUGGAAGAUGCAGACGCCGAGUGCGAACCGGAGGCGUCAACCUCUGAGAUUAUAACCUACCUAUCUGCUACAGCUACGGAGAUGCUUUCGGCCAAUAAUUACAUAUCUGGUCUCAAUAUCCUUUGGACUUUAGCGCAGAGGAAAGCAUCGGAAAUGGAUCAACAUAUUCCCCAAGUCAUGAAAGCUCUGCAGCAGAAAUUGGCACGUGAGCAUGUAGGUCAUUACACUGCGCUCACGGGUCAAGGUGCUAUCCCUGCCGCGAUGCGACCCGGCGAGGUCGAACCUGUUGGUCUCAUGUCCCAAUACGAUCUGGAGAUUCAAACUGGGCUCAUGCUCAAAGCCAUCGACGUGAUAUCCCUACGUAUGGAUACUCUCGGCGACAGCCGUCGUCCAUUUUUGAGUGUCCUCGCAACUUUAGUUGAAAAAUCUUUGAGUAAUCCUUUGUGUCUGAAAAUUCUAGAGAUGGUAGAAGCCUGGGUGUUCAAGUCAGAAGGUUCUUGGCCCACCCUGAAAGAGAAGACAGCGGUCUUGCAUAAAAUGUUGAGUUUUGAGCAGCGCACGGACCAGACACUGUUAAUGAAGUUCUUAGAGCUCGUUAUCCGCAUCUACGAAGAUCCAAAAAUCACGCGUACAGAGCUGACAGUUCGUAUGGAGCAUGCGUUCUUGAUUGGCACAAGAGCACAAGAUGUAGAUAUGCGAAGUCGAUUUAUGGCCAUAUUUGACAGAAGUCAGUCCAAAACGGCAAGUACAAGGCUCAAUUAUGUCAUCAUUGGCCAAAACUGGGAUCCUCUGGCAGAAUCUUACUGGUUGGCGCAAGCUUCUCAAUUGCUUCUGGGUGCUGUCGAUGCGAACCAUUCCAUCCACUUGCAUUCGGACGACUUCAAGGUGAUGCCCGCUUCAGUGCUUUAUGAGACUUAUGCCAAAGACAAUCGGACUCCUGCUUUGCCACAAGACAACAGAUUCGACAGUCUCAUGGCAUCCCACAGGAGAUUCGUCGCGGAGCUUGGGGAUGUGAAAGCACGAGAUAUCAUUGAACCACUCAGCCAACUUCAACACCUCGAUCCAAACAUGGCGCAUGAGAUUUGGGUAGCUUUAUUCCCAAUAUAUUGGAAUGCCACACCAAAAGAUGAACGAAGUGAUCUGGAACGGGGCAUGGUAACUCUACUCACAAGGGAAUAUCACUCACGCCAAAUUGAUAAGCGACCAAAUGUGGUACAAUCUCUCCUGGAAGGCGCAGCCAAAGCGUGGCCCGAGUGUAAAUUGCCACCGCAUGUAGUUAAGUUCCUGGCAAAGACUUACGACGUUUGGUACACAGCCCUCGUGCAACUUGAGAAUGCUGCUAUAAAACCAGAGAUCAACAGUGAUUUGGUUCGUGAAAGCAAUCUUGAUGCUCUUGUAGAACUGUAUUCAGGGCUUCAGGAGGAUGACCUUUUCUACGGGACUUGGCGGCGCCGCUGUGCGUACGUCGAAACCAAUGCCGCACUUUCGUACGAACAGAACGGAAUGUGGGACAAAGCUCAGACUAUGUACGAGCAUGCUCAAAUCAAAGCACGAACAGGGGCGCUCCCUUUUUCGCAGGGAGAGUACAUGCUGUGGGAGGACCAUUGGGUUCUUUGUGCCCAAAAACUCCAACAAUGGGAAGUUCUUCAAGAUUUCGCGAAGCAUGAGAAUUUCCAGGACUUGCUUCUUGAGUGCGCUUGGAGGCAAUUUGAGAUUUGGCAAGAGCCUGAACAUCGUGAGCAGCUGGAUAACAUUAUCAAAGGUGUCAUGGAUGCGCCAACGCCAAGAAGAACCUUUUUCCAGGCUUUUAUGUCUUUGCUCAAGCUCCACAAGAAGACUGAAACGCAGGCUGAAUUCAGCAAAGUCUGCGACGAAGCCAUCCAGCUUUCUAUCCGCAAAUGGCACCAAUUACCGAAGCGUAUUACGAACGCUCACAUCCCACUUCUUCAAAAUUUCCAACAGCUUGUGGAACUUCACGAUGCCAGCGUUAUAUGUCAAAGUCUAUCACAGACUACUAGUGCUAAUCUAGAUGUCAAAUCAGGUGAACUGAAGCUUUUGUUGGGAACCUGGCGUGAUCGACUGCCAAAUGUCUGGGAUGACAUCACAGCUUGGCAGGAUCUUGUCACGUGGAGACAGCAUAUCUUUGCUCUAAUUAAUUCAACAUACUUGAAUCUCAUCCCUCAGCAACCGCCCAACGCUAACGGUGCGUCCUUUGCGUAUAGAGGCUACCAUGAAACUGCCUGGAUAAUCAAUAGAUUUGCACAUGUAGCCCGCAAGCAUAACCUACCCGAGGUUUGCAUUAGCCAACUUAGUCGGAUUUACACGUUACCAAACAUCGAGAUCCAGGAGGCUUUUCUCAAGCUUCGAGAGCAAGCAAAAUGUCACUACCAGAAUCCCAAUGAACUCAAUAAUGGACUAGACGUCAUUAAUAAUACCAAUCUCAAUUACUUUGGCCCUAACCAAAAGGCUGAGUUUUACACGUUGAAAGGCAUGUUCCAGGAAAAGCUUGGUCUACGUGAUGAAGCAUCUGAAGCUUAUGGAAUGGCCUUGUUUUUCGAGAUCAAGCUCCCCAAGGCUUGGGCUGAGUGGGGUUACUUCAAUGAUCGGCUCUUCAAAGCGAAUCCAAAUGACUACACAUUUGCCAGGAAUGCCUUGAGUUGUUACUUAGAAGCAGCAGGUUUAUUUAAGAACGCGAAAUCUAGGAAACUUCUCACGAGGAUUCUCUGGCUGUUGAGCCUCGAUGAUGCCGAAGGUACGCUUUCAGCACAAUUUGAUGAGUAUAAGGGAGAAACACCGGUCUGGUAUUGGAUCACAUUCAUCCCUCAACUUCUCACGGGCUUGGGACACAAAGAGGCAGCCAAGGCACAUCUCAUUUUGUCUAAAAUUGCAAAAUCUUAUCCUCAGGCUUUGUUCUUCCAGCUCAGAACGAACCGUGAAGACAUGCUUGCCAUCAAGAAGCAACAGGACAUUAAAGAAGCUAAGAAAGCCAGAGCCCAGACUCAAGCCCAAGGCCAACCAUCGGGCGGUAUCUCUAACAUCAAGGCGGAAAAUACCAACGGCACAAGGCCUGAAAAUGCAUCGGCAUCACGUCCUGGAACCGCAGGUGCCGAGGGUGUUCCUGCAAUUAAGACGGAGCCCGGAGAAACGAACGGAAAUGUCACCAACGCAAACGGCGCUCCUGUCAAUGGAGCCCCUACUAAUGGCACGGCAAAUGGUUCACAAGAUGUUGCACCAUCUCAGGGGUCCCAGAAGAAACCCCCUUGGGAGUACACGGAAGAAUUGUUGGGAGUUCUGAAAACAGCUUUCCCAUUAUUAGCACUUUCUAUGGAAGCUAUGGUUGAUUCCAUUCAAAAGAACUUCAAAUGUCCACCCGAUGAGGACGCAUACAGGUUGAUAGUAGCCUUACUCAAUGAUGGACUUUCUUAUGUUAGUCGUACGCCAUCGUCUUAUGCUAAGGACAACAAACUACCGCCAGCGACUGAAGCAAAUAUCACUCGCUUUGCGGAGACUAUCCUACCCCCUCACAUUAGGACGUCAUUUGAGCAGGAUUUCGUGAAACAUAAGCCUACAAUGUUCGAAUAUAUUCACAAGCUUAGGACGUGGAGAGACAAGUUUGAAGAGAAGCUAGAUCGUCGCACCUUGACAAUGCCGCUCGAGGGUUACAACUCUUACCUCAUCGAUUUCCGUUUCCAAAAGCUUGACGAGAUAGAAGUCCCUGGGCAGUACCUUCUUCACAAAGACAAGAACCAGGAUUUCAUUCGCAUUGAACGAUUCAUGCCUGACGUAGAUCUUGUGCGCACAAUUGGAGUCUGCCAUCGUCGAAUUAGGAUUCGUGGCCAUGAUGGAAGCUUGCAUCCAUUUGCUAUACAGCAUCCUGCAGCACGACAUUGUAGGCGAGAAGAGCGCAUUCUGCAGUUGUUCAGGCAUUUUAAUGGUACCUUGAGCAAACGAAAGGAGAGCAGAAGACGUAACCUGAACUUCCAUUUACCGUUGAUGAUCCCUCUUGCACCACACAUCCGGAUGGUGCAAGACGAUCCAACCUACGUUUCAUUGCAGGGUGUCUAUGAUGACCACUGUAGGCGAAAUGAAAUUGCUAAAGACGCACCUAUUGUGUUCAACAUGGAGAAGCAAAAACUCUUGUUUGAGAAUAAAGUAAGUUUGAAGGAGGACCGCAGUUUGGAAAUAUUUGUGACUGACUUUUCCCAGCAAAAUAAGACUCCUGAACAGUCUGCCACUGCUAGACUCGAGACCUUCGCUGCUAUUCAAGAAAAACAUGUCGGGCCAAGUAUUGUUCUCGAGUAUUUCACAAAAACUUACCCAUCAUUCUCCGAAUUCUGGUUGUUCCGAAGACAGUUCUCUUAUCAAUAUGCAGCUCUCACCUUCAUGACGUAUAUCCUACAUAUGCAUAAUCGUUACCCUCACAAGAUUUCAAUCUCGCGAGCCACAGGAAAUAUUUGGGGGUCUGAAUUGAUGUCUUGUAUGGCAGCAGGCAAAGCAAUUUUCCACAAUCCUGAGCCUGUACCAUUCCGUCUUACCCCUAAUAUUCAGACUCUUAUGGGGCCUUUGGCCACUGAGGGUAUUUACAGCUGUGCUAUCAUGGCUAUCGCACGAUGCCUUAGUGAACCCGAGUUUGAACUCGAACAACAACUGUGUCUUUUUGUACGUGACGAAAUGAUAUUUUGGCACACGAGCAGCCAUAAAGCUAUAAAAGAUACAGAGUUGAGGCAGUCUGUUCAAACAAAUAGUGAUAUGAUAGUCAAGAGGGCAUUGAGCAUAGCUAAAUCACCAGAGGGUGCACUGCCUGCCAACCAAACGGUGAUUGAUUUGAUUGCUAAGGCAGUCAAUCCUAUGAACCUUGCACAAUGCGAUGCUUUGUGGAUGCCAUAUCUAUGAUCCCGGAUCCUCGGCUAUCUAGACGUGGAUAUGAGUGGGAAGAGGGAGGAGGAAUCUUUAUGUAUUUCUUAAGAUUUUAGGCGUUAUCGGCUGGUGUGGGGGAAUAAAAGCUUGGUUGGUUAGUGAGCUUGAGGGAGUUGGAGGCUGGGCUUAUGGGUGAUUUAAUAUCGGCGUUUGAACUUGGAAGAUGUUGGCAAGUUAAAAGGUGACUUAAGGUGAACGCAGUAUGGAUUCAACUUAGGCUGGCAUGAUAUGACAAUUGGCAGUGUGUUUAACAUUUUGCCAGUCAGAAUUGUAUACAUAGUAUUUUUCGUAGUUUCCGCCAUGAAUAUAAUAGCGCUCAAUAUGAG